AUGGAAGAGAAGUCUUCUAUGAAUACUGAUGCUUCUACAAAACUAUUCCCAGCUGCCUCCAGCGAUGCCCAAACUACCAUGACUGAGCUUUUGAUUUCUUUGGGUAUCGAAGCCUUAACCAUAUGUCCGAAGAAGAGCCAAACCGAAAAGCACUGCAAUUUCUGCAUGAUGACUUCAAGCUUUGUUUCCCCAUCACCGGCUUCUAAUUGUAUCCUUGGUGAUUACAUUGGCAUGGAAAGUUGCUUCGAUUUCUAUAGCGACAACCAGGUUUGCGGAGAAAGCCGCGGCAAGAGGGAACAGCCAUGUCCGAGGAGGGUGAAGAAGAGAGAGUUUCCUCCGCCGAUAUCGUGGCUCUGUCGCAUCGAGAACGGAGCAUCUCGCAUGCCAAUGGUUCUGAAAAGAUAUUACACUGACGAUGGGAGGUUAAUUCUUAGAAAAGAGAAGCGUGAGUAUUUGAAGGCUCAUCGAUCCAAUGGUCGUUUAACAUUGCAUCUUGUUCCCUUAAAUGACAUUGAUGAAGAAGAGGAAGAGGAUGUUAUUCCCUUAGGUGACAUUGAUGAAGCAAAGGAAGAGGAUCCACCCAAAGUUUUCGACAGCAACCGUUGCAGUAACAUUGCUGAAACUUUGCUUAAAGAAAAUGAGCAAAUUUUUAUCAAAACCACCCGCUAA